GCGCUAUAUUGAAGGUGGACGGGAGGACGUGUUACUUUUACUAGCGAGUUUAUCAACAUUCAAUAUUGGUUGAAUUAAAUUAUUAUAUUCAAUUUGUGGUUGUGUUGUGACGAUGCAGUUCCAGUCUCGGAAAUUAAAGGGAUUUUUUUAAAUUUUAGUUAUUACAACUUUUGCUCCCACUAACUAGCAGCCUUCUAGUUACCUUAUCACAAAUUUUAAUCAGAAUAAGCAAAGAUUCAUUCAAUAUGGCCACUCUAGAAGAAAGCAUGGAAGUCGAAAUUCUAAAACAAGAUUUAGAUGCACGCAAGCAAAUUAGCCGAAUUGUCUCUAAAAUUAAAGACUACCAAGACAAGGUGAAAGAAAUUGUAUCCAGUUAUUAUGUUGAUUUUCUGCCCAACUGUUACGACAAUAUGACGAUAAUGAAGAACGGAAAAAUGCUGGAGGAAGAGAUCAACAAAAUUGUGUCGAUGGUGAAUCAGGAUACGGCUUGGCAGCUAUCAAUGGCCCAGGAACACAUCCAGCAGCAUCGAGAGGAACUGAGCGAAGCAAUUGUGGGAUAUAAAACAUCAUAUAAGCUUCAAACCAUCCACAGCUUGUUUGAAAUGAUUCCGAGGAGUGGCGAUGACUACCAAAAGUUGAUCAGCAUUCUGGACAAAAUUAAAUCGCUGCUUAACGAUGGCAGUGAUCCCGUUUUUCAGAAACUUGAGUGUUACCAGAGCAUUCGGUUGAGAUAUCACGAAGAAUAUCAAAUUCUUCUCUACAACUUGAACAAAAAGUUUGAAUCAUUGAUCCAAUUUAAUGAAAAGCCAUUCCAAAACACCAAGGCCAUCACCAUAAAGAUUAAGAAGAAUGAAGAUCAGUUGCAUCAAGUGAUCGUUGCACUGGUCAAUACAAACUAUAAUGUUCAACGUAUGUGCAAAUUCCUGAUGGAUAACGUUUUUGAACCCAUAAUUACGCGUCCAGUUUCUCUCACGUGUAACGAUGAUGAUGGAGAUUUUGUUUUCAUUCAACUGUCGUAUCAACUGAAGUCAAAUGAUGAGUUGAGACCGAACUACAAAAUUAUUUUUCAACGAAUGAUGGAAACAUUCUACUGCUUGGGGCACAUGAACAUUCUGAUUUCCGAACGGCAAUGUAUCUUCUCUAUCAUCGCCAAAUACAUCAAGGGAACACUGUGUAAGCUUCUGAUCGAAAACUGUUUGCAAAACGAUAUUCCGGAUACAAUCGAUGAGAUGAACGAAUCCAGCAUGGUGCAGUCCAUUCAGGAGUUCAAUAAAUUUCUCACGGAGAUGCUCUUUCUGGACCACGAAAACGACACCGUUUUAGAUGAGUACGCUAGCAAGAUAGAACUACUGUUCCAGAAGAAGUUCUGCACAAACAUCGUGUCCACGGCUUCGGACAUAAUGAAGAAAGACUUACACGACAUGGUUCUGGUCGAGGAGCGUGAAACACAUUUUUCAAACGGGUCGGACAUGUUUUCGAGUUGCAUGGUUUCGAAGAGUGUAGUCGAGCUGAAGAAAUUACUGGAUAAAAUUCUUUCGGAGGUGACCACAGCGGAAAAAGAUCUGUCGGACCGGUUAAUGAAAACUAUCGCAACCAUUUUGGAGCGUUACUGCAUCGAAGUGGAACAAAACCACGAGAAAUUGUUGCUGAAAAUCCCACAGCAAACGGCGCUGUAUCACAACAAUUGUAUGUACUUAUCGUUUUGGUUGCAGAAAAAUGCCAGCAAAUUAGGUGGUAACAACUCAUUUAUGUUGAUUGGAAGUGCGCUACGGGAUCAGGGCACCAAAACGUUUAAUAAUCAACUGCAAAAUCAAAGAUCGUUGCUCCUGCAGUCAUUAAAAGGAUUUGAACUCAGCAACGGCAUUGUAGAACUAGGACCGGAACCUCAAAAAGCGGUUAGGCAGUGCAUCCGGCAGUUUGAUCUCCUGAAAAGCGUUUGGCAAACAGUGCUACCAGAGCACGUUUACAAAAACAGCAUUGGUGGGCUGGUUACGGCGUUCUGUACCGAGAUAAUCAAAAGAAUUUUCAAUUUGGAAGACAUUACUGCUGAAAUAGGCAGUGGCUUGGUCAGCGUAAUCGAUGUCAUUAAAGAAAAAACUCCAUUGCUGUUCAAGGAUCCAACGGACAUAACAAUUGUGGUCAAAAACUGGACGAAACUUGUACAGCUUCAUAAAAUACUUGAUGCAUCUCUAAUUGAAAUCACUGAAUUGUGGGCAGAAGGCAAAGGACCACUCACAUUGAAUUACAAGGCUGAGGAGAUUAAACACCUCAUUAGGGCACUGUUCCAAAAUACAAAACACCGACAGACGUGUCUUUCAUCUAUUAUUCAAUUGUAGUAUGUACUGAAUUCAAACUACCGCAUAACAUAAAAAUAAAUGUUCGAUAAUA